GUUAUUACUACGAUAUACCAAAUAUAGGAAUGACUUUAUAUCUCGAAUGUCUCACCUUUCUUAUAUUCUUCUACUACUUUUUCAAUCUUCCGCAGGUACAACACGUCAAUCCAACCUUACCAAUACGUUUCGAAGACCUACCAAUAGCAGCUUCUAAUGUAUAUAGACCGGAGACAAAUGCUACAUUCGACUUUGGAAAGGUAUAUCUUAUCAACCUUGAUGAGCGACAUGACAGAAGAGAUCAGCUAGCUAUUAUGACAAGCUUAUCAGGUUUACAAUUUGAACGAGUGCCCGGAUUCCGCUUAACUUCGCGUGAACAGACUUUCAAUGGAUUUCCACGAUAUUCACCAGAUGAUAUGCCCUUAUCAAAGUUAGCCUGUUAUCGAGCACAUGCCAAUGUAUGGAGAGCAUUUUUAGAGGAUGAAAAUCAACCUGCGACAGCAUUAAUUCUAGAGGACGACGUGGAUUGGGAUGUCAACAUUAAAAAUAUCAUGAGUAACUUUAAGGCUCCUCUAUAUGCUCUACAGCGGGCUAUUGCAAACCAAAGUAUAGAUGAUUACUACCCUUCGUGGACUUCUUCACAAUGGGACAUUUUACGCCUUGGUACCUGUCGUGAACCUCCACACGUUAAAGAGUUUAAAAGGGUAGAUGUUAAUCUUCAAAAUGUCCCCUACUUACUUAUGAAUGACGAAGGAGUUCCAGAGAGGGAAUGGAUCGCUGUAGACCACACAAUGGUAUUUGAUACGUAUGGGAUUCCAAUAUCUAGCAUUUUAGAGGAAGAAGUUGAGUCAAGAAGGCGAAUUAUCCAAUUAUCUAACUAUCCCGUUUGCCUGCAUGCAUAUGCUAUAACUCGAAUUGGUGCGGCGAAACUUUUAUAUCUUACCUCUCAAGGCCUUAUUGAUGGAGCGAAUGACCUGACUAUUGCCGAGGCAACGCAGGACGGUAAAUUAGAUUCUUUUUCCUUCACGCCACCCCCUUUCAGCCAAUGGAAGUCGCAGAACAAUAUCGGAAAUAGCGAUAAUGGCGGUACUAAUACAGAUCCCUUGCCUGAUGAAGAUGGACCUUCAUCAUUCUCGUGGAACAUACGUGAUAGUAUUCGUGUAGAAAUUAGUUCUAUUCUAUAGCCAGUAGUACGUUAUCGACCUAAAAAUAGAAUUCGUUUACUCGUGCCUUAUCAAGUAUGUAGAAACUU